UCAGAAAAACAAAAACGCACAAGAUGUGACAGUGCAUGAUGGUUCCACUGUUGAUAAAUAUUGAGCAAAUGUUAGUCGAUUGAAAGUUUGUGAAUUUGUUCUUCUAUGUACCAGUAUUUUUAAAACUUAACGCAAUGGCUCCAAAGGACGAAAUGGAUGAUGCUAAACCCUUUAAAUCGACUUUGGGAAUGAGAUACCCUUCCCUCAGGGAAUACCCUAUUAAGACUGGCGAUGUCUGGAUGGAGGGUAAAAAAAUUGACGACGACUAUCGGGACCUUUGGAGAAUACACGAUGGACUUUAUGACCUUUCCAGUUUUGUGAAAUCUCAUCCUGGAGGAAGUGACUGGUUGGAAUGGACACAGGGUACAGACAUAACAGAAGCUUUCGAAGCUCAUCAUAUAUACACAGGCCCUCAAAAGCUUCUUCAAAAGUUUUUUGUCAAAAAAGCUACGACACCUCGAGACGCACCAUUUCAUUUCAAAGAGGAUGGUUUUUAUAAAACUAUUAAGAGAGAAGUACGAGAAGCGUUGAAAGAUAUCCCAAAAUGGCCAGCCAUGUUGUCAAAUUUGUACGCGGACUUUUUAUUAACAGGAUACCUAGUUUGUGCCGUUUUAUCAGCAGCUUGGAACAAUUACUGGAUUGCGACAUUGGCAGGACUCUUUUUAGGGCUUGUUACCAUUGCGUCACAUAAUUACAUUCACAGAAAGGCAAAUUUCAGGAUGUACUACUUGAACUUUUCAACGAUGUCCUGGAGAGACUGGAGAAUAACUCACGUGCUAAGUCACCAUCUCUACCCCAACACUAUAAAUGAUCUGGAAAUUUCGGUUCUGGAACCCAUGUGUCAGUAUCUCCCAUGGACAAAAAGUAAAUGGUACUUAAAAUUAGCAUGGUGGUAUCAACCGAUCUUUUACGCAAUUUUCUUCAUACUCGGCCAUUUAAAAGGAAUGGUUCAUAAAGCCCUUUGGAAAAUUGGUUUGGUUCCCUACAAAGCACCAAUGUACUGGGACGACUUUUUAGGAUACAUUGUUCUAAUUCCAAUGUACUGGUUCAAUGGUUCUUUACAACAAGUGUUGUUAAUGUUCUUCUACAUCUUGUUAAUCGCAGGAAUACAUUUUGGUAUAAUAGGUAUUAAUGCUGCUCAUAGAGAUCCAGAGAUAUUUCUUGAUGGAGAUGCUUCAAGGCCACUUCCAGAAUUGGAUUGGGGAGUCUACCAAUUGGACAGCGUCGUCGAUAGAUCAGAUAUUUCGAAAUUCCAGUUCCUUGUUCUUACCAGUUUUGGGGACCACGCUUUGCACCAUUUGUUCCCAACACUGGACCAUGGUUUGCUAAGAUAUCUAUAUCCAAUAUUCAAUAGAAAUUGUGAGAAAUUCGGAGUCAAUUUAUUGAUUAAAACACACUGGGAAGUGAUGAAGGGCCAUUUUACACAACUACUGAGAACUGAACCAAAAACCACACCUCCAAAACCACUCAAAUUGGCACCCACAAACAAAAAGGAAGAAUAAGAUACGAUAUAUUGCAUUGCCAAUAAAUUUAUGAGUAGACUAUUAUGAUAGAUAAAAUGUAUAAGUAAACAGUAACUGUUAUUAAUAAACAGUAAUAAUAGGCGA